CCAAAAGUUACAACCUUCCAAUCUCCACACUCCAACCACUGUAAACAUAGCAACAGACACACCAUGGCAGCGCUCGACCCCAAAGGCCCCUCGCAGCCCUCCACAUCGCAAGCAUACACAUCCCCCGGCAACCCCGCGCAAAAAGACCCCAAGGAGCAAACGCAAACGGAAUUCAACGCAGCCGACAACAGCGCCAGCACCGCGCAGCGCGUGCCCACGAAACAAGCAUCCGACGCCGACGGGCUGCGCAACGCAAAGUUCGAAGAAGGAAAAGGCGUGCACGGGGCUCCAGCCGGCGAGGAGCGAAAAGGACUCAGUGAAGAGGAUGUAGGUCGCCAUCGCGAACUCGAUGCACAGCAAAUGGCUGCGCCGGGCGAAGGACGGGUUGCGGAUGCCGUGGCGAAAGGAGGCCAUGGUACGGGCGGCGGAGGAAGUCAGCCUGGACUGGAAAGUGAUUUGGACCGGAAAAAAGCAGAGCAGACCGAAGCACGAGAAGCCAUCAAGGCGUCGAAAGGCGAGGCUGUCGCUGCUGGAGGCGCGCUGGGUCAAACGGGGGGUCCGGCCAACCCAGUGGAUAAUUCUACGCAAGGAGGUGGUAAUUAUCCUAACUCUAGCUAUUGAAGUGUGAGGUCUGCCUGGUGGAAAGGGAGAUGUGGGUUGGGUUGGUUUUUGUGUCGUGGCCACUGAUGUAUCUGAUGAGUGGGUUCGUUGGUUGUAGACUCGCGACAUGGUGACGAGAUGACUUUGUAGUAGUGUGAAUGUAUCAGUGGAAUGAAUGUACUUUUUGAAUCAUGUUU